AUGGGCUGCGGGGCCACGAAACCAGGGGCCGUUGUGCCUGAAGCCUGGGAGAAAGUGGUAACAACAAAACCUGGCGCUGAUGGAGAAGCUUUCUGCGUCCAACGUGUGCAUCCCAUCAACUUUGAACAACUCGACGAUUGGACGCCCAGCGAUGCAAAUGAUGAUAAGAACCGCGACCGCAACGGCAAGGUGCCGGACGUCGCGCAGGAACUCGCUGGCGUCAGUACGGGCAGCGGCAGUUUCUCACUGCCCCUGGAGAUGUUUAAAGAAUUGGAGGUGAGGCUCCCCAUCCAAACCUGGCUUUAA